AUGGGUCAUGUGAUCUCGUGUGGCUUAGACCUGAUCUCAUCUGGAAAAGGAAUCCACACAGAUCAAGAGCUGAGGAGCAGCUUGUACACAGGAUGGUAUGAUGACAGCAGUGUCAAUGGAAUUGAGGGCUCUGUCUCAAAGAUGUUAGCAGCAGAUCCCAACUUUGUAAUGGGUCAUGUGAUCUCGUGUGGCUUAGACCUGAUCUCAUCUGGAAAAGGAAUCCACACAGAUCAAGAGCUGAAGAGCAGCAUGCUGUCCCUUGAAGGGUUAGCUGCCAGGAGUAACAUCACAAACAGAGAGAGACUGCAUGUCAAGGCAGUCAAAGAAUGGGCAGAGGGAAAUACUGCCCAAGCAUGUCUAACGUGGGAAGAUAUAUUAAUGGAGAACCCAACUGACAUGUUUGCUUUGAAGAUGGCUCACGACUCCUACUUCUAUCUUGGAUACCAACGUCAGUUCAGAGACCCCAUCGCAAGAGUGAUGCCCAAAUGGAAGGAAGACCUGCCACUCUAUGGCUUGCAUUGGCUCUUUAUACCAAGAAUGGGAGCUAUGCUAGCCUGUCACAAUUACUGGCACUGGGCGCUAUACCACAUCCAGAAGGGAGAACAUCAAGCCGCAGUGGACAUUUAUGACGAGGAGGUUGGGAAACGUUGCCAUUCUGGUGCCAUGCUUGACUUAGUGGACGCUUCCUCACUGCUCUACAGACUUCAAAUGGAAGUCAUUGGCAUGGAUGAAUUAAACCCACGACUUGAUCCAUUUUACGUUUUCAAUGAUGUUCAUAUGUUGAUGUGUACACUGGGAGCUAAGAUGGAAGAUGCAACACUAAAUCUAUUGAUGUCAGUUAGAGAUUAUGGAAACUUCGACAGAGCUGUGGACAUUUUAAAACCCUUCCGCUAUGACGUUGUCAACAUUGGGGCCAGUAACGCACAGCGGGACAUCUUCAACUUAUUCCUGAUUCACGCUGCUCUGCAUUCUUCACGAAAAGAGCAUCAUCACUUGGCAAGGUAAAGUGCAGUUUC